ACACACUUCAGCUCAGUGGAGAGAAACAUGGCAGCUGCCGACUGUGCAGCAGACGCUUUGCGGAAGUGAGGUGGAAGACAGCUCGCUGAAAGCUGAAAGCAGCUCGGCUAACUUCUCAUGACUGGGUGCCCACAUUCUGCUGCAGAGGAGAGCACCACGAUGAGGAGGAAUCAGUAGGCACCCUCCAUAGUAUGGCCGCGUCCCGUUCUUCGCGCGUCACGAGAUCAUCAGUGGGGUUAAAUGGAUUGGACGAGAACUUUUGUGGCCGAACCCUCAGGAACCGCAGCAUCGCCCAGCCGGAGGAGACCUCGCCGCCUCCCAGAGCUCGAUCGCCCAAGAAGAAGCAGGACUGCCAGCAACACCAGCAGGCCGGGGCUAACUCGGGGAAGGUAGCCGACGGAAAGCCGGAGGGUGAACCCUCGACCGGCCACAGGAAACGGGGCCUGUCCGUCUCGGAGAAAGACGAGCCGGAGAGGUCGGACGUCUCGGAGCGAGUCCGGGCCGGAGGAGGCCAGGAAACCUCCCCUGCCCUGAAGAGGGCUAAGCGCUGCUCUCGCUCAGGGGAAUCCCAGGGAACCGAGGAGGAACCUUCUCUUAAAUCAGAAAUCCCUGAACCUGCUGCAGCCAAGGAGAACGAUGAGGACUCCAGAUUGGACACAUCUUCAGCUUCUCCUUCUCACGGCCUUGAAAAAGACCCAGAGGAGAAAAAGGACAAGUCAGAGCCUGCGGAGGAGAGUGUCCCUCCCUCGCAGACCGACGAGUCCCACAAGGCGACCAAUGGCCUGGCGGAGCUCCAUAAGGAGGACUUAGAACCUGCGGCCUUGCCCGCAGAUCCUUGUGCCUCCCCUACUACACAAACACUCACAAACAGUCCCUCGCUGCCCAACGGCAGCCAGGCGGCCCCCUCGACCCCUGACCCCAUUGUGCCUUGUAAAUCCCCGCUUCUUGAGCAGGUUGACGAGUCUAAUGGCCCUCAGCUUGAUGGGGAAACAAACUUCUCAGCUGAGGAAGCGGCUGAUGCCGUAUUGUCUCUGGAGCCGGAGGUUGAGGUUGAGGUGGAUGUGGAUGUGGUGGGGGAUUCCAGUCAGGCCCAGGACGAGCGCAUGGUCGAGGAAAACACAAAUGGCGGCCAAUCGGUGGAACUGCAAGACCCUUCAGAUGAUUGCUCAAAUAUCUCAGGAGAAACGGCAGGCUUGGCCUCCUCCAGGCUACCGCCAGAACCCCCCUCCUUCACGGAGCCUCAAGAACACAGAUACACCUUGAGGACUUCACCUCGUGUUGGAGGGACCAGAUCCAGUUCCCCAAAGCCCACCUCCCCACACACAGACAAUGGCUUACUCAAGGAGGAGGAGGAGGAGGAGGAGGCCACAACGGUUCCUCAGGACUCGGAUGAGGCCUGCCACAUAGACCCUUCAGCCGAUGAGCCAAGUCUCGCAACUGAGGCCGAAGAGGAAAUCUCUGAGCAGGUAGAGGCCAAGGCCAGCGGAGAUGGUGCUGUGUUGGAUAGUAGUGUGUCCAGAUCCACCAAAGAACCGUCAGUCGGUCCGGCUGAAGAGGAGGAGGAGGAUCCUGACGUCUACUAUUUCGAGUCCGAUCACUUGGCGCUCAAACACAACAAAGAUUAUCAGAGACUGCUCCAGACCAUCAGUGUGCUGGAGGCCCAGCGAACCCAAGCCAUCCUGGACCUGGAGACGCUGGCCCGACACCAGAAGCAGGCCCUGGCUGACCCCAUUGCCUUUGUGGACCAGCUUCAGAAACAGGUUGAGUUGGGCUUGCCCUGUCCUCAGAGAGUGGUCCAGCUCCCUGAAAUUGCAUGGGACCAAUACACCUCAGGCCGCAGUGAAUUCGAAAGGGAGUUCUGCGACAAGAAGCGCAAAACAAGGCGGUUGAAGUUGAUCUUUGACAAAGUGGGGUUACCGGCAAGACCAAAAAGUCCAGUGGAUUCCAAGAAGGAGAGCGACAGCUCUGCUCUUUACUCGUCUCUUCCCUCUAGUGAUGCUCCAGAACACAGCAUGUCCAGCAACAGAACACAGAUGAUCAGAGGGAGACCGUAUCACCAGAACAAACCAGACACGUUUAACCAGCUGUGGACGGUGGAGGAACAGAAAAAGCUGGAGCAGCUGCUUCUGAAGUUUCCACCUGAGGAGGUGGAGUCGAAACGUUGGCAGAAGAUCGCAGAUGAACUGGGGAACAGGACAGCCAAACAGGUUGCCAGCCGGGUGCAAAAGUACUUCAUCAAACUGACAAAAGCUGGGAUUCCAGUACCAGGAAGAACUCCGAACCUGUGCAUGUACAGCAAAAAGGCCUCCAGUAAAAGGCAUCACCACCUCAACAAGCACCUGUACAGGCCGUCCACCUUCCUCACCUCCUACGAGCCGCCCGUCUACAUGGACGAUGAGGACGAGCGCCCCAGCUUCUUCAGCAGCCUGCAGGACAACGCGGCUGACGACUCGGACGAGGAGGAUGUGCCGGUGGAGUUGAGGCACCUGCCGGAGUACAAAGAGCUGCAAGAGCUGAAAAGACUCAGGAAGCGGAAGAUCCAGGAGAUCCAGAGUGAAAGUGCUCUCGCGCAGCACAUGGGCUACAAGUGUGAUGUGUGUGGUAUGGAGCCGAUCCAGGGUGUGCGGUGGCACUGCCAGGACUGCCCGCAGGACAGCGCCGUCGACUUCUGUGGAAACUGCUCCGACUGUUUGUUCAAGACGGAAACCCACAAGCCCAGCCACCGUCUGGAGCCGGUCUACCAGGCCGAGACGUUCCUGGACAGAGACUACUGCCUGCCGCCCAGCGCAGGCUACAACUACCUGGACCCCAACUACUUCCCGGCCAACAGAUGACACAAGCGAGGCGGGCUGCAGCCCCCGGGGCAUUCCGUGCAUGGCUCAUCCACCCGAGAGGCAGAACCGCUUACAGCAGGAGGAGGAGGGUUCCGCAGACCAGGCCGCACCUCAAACCCAAACAACCAACCGCUCGCACGACGGCCGCCGCACCCUGAGCCGGCCCACUCCAGUUAACACGCCAUGUUAAACAUGCAGAGAAAGGAGAGGAGCACAGCAUCAUCCUGACACACAUCCCCUCCAGACUCCCGAGGGUCGUGGUAGAAGAGUGUGAGUGUUCGUAUACGUGUCUGGUGCAGAUAUGAAUUUGUGCAGAAAGCAGUCGAGACCGCCUGUCUGGCUUUUCGGGCAGACGGGGAAGGGAGUUCACGUCGACGUUCAAACGGUGUUGUCUGUAGUGUAACUCUAAGUGAAGCUUUUCCGUGUUUGGGCUGGACAGGAAGGGGAGGACUUGGUGCUGAAGCCGCUUUUCGAUUCACGCCAGGUUUUUAACCAAUCGAGGGGGAUUUGCUAAUAACUCGGACGUUCUUAACGGUAAAAAAAAACCAUAUUGACGGACCCUGAAUACACGUCUCUUGCAGUGGGCUACCACUUUUACUAGAAGCUGCUUGUUUUUUUUUUUUUUUUUUUGUUUAUCCCACCAUCUCUUACAUCAUGUUAUUUUUUUUUGUUGUUGUUUUAAAUGUUAUGAACCCACUUCACUUACAGCCUGUUAGGUUUUCAACUACGAAGCACUACAGCACGGACAAGACCAGCUGAGACACACUUGGUAGGUAUAUAAUAGCGUAUGAACGUAGGGGGGGAUGAAAAGGGUGUCAUUUACUUUUUUCUUUCUCAGAGUGUCCUGUCGUCGAUCAUGUGGAGUAUACAAAUGUAUGGUGAAACUAGCCAGUGGUAGGUGCUGUGCCAUCUUUUUUUUUUUUUUUUUUUAUUAUUGUCCAGAUGAUUCCACGUCUAAACCUGGUCACUCGUUUUAGAAUAAAAAAUAAAUAAAUAAAUAAAGAAAAAAAGAGCUUGUGGCACUUUUGCUCUUGGUGGAGAAACUGCCCGAUCAUCAUGCCCUUAGGUCCUUGUAAUUCUUUUCUUCU